AAGCAAAACUCGCACAACUCGUCAAACCUUCGACGAAGCAUCGCGAUCGCCAAGUUGUGCGUCAUCUAAAAAUUCGGACUUUUUUCUUUGCUGUUAUUUUCGCUUACAUUUUCGUAUUCAAUUUUAAUUAUUGUGCAAUUUCAAUCUUCGGUAAACUUACGUACGAAACAAGACGUGUAUUUCGAGCGAGUUAUUCGACUUCCAAAAUGUGUGCUGUUGUAUCGCGUGAUUAGUUUCGGGGAGAAAAAAGAAGUGCCACCAACGCUUAAGUUUUGUGUGGGAAUCGAAGAAAUGACCGUAUCAACGACGAAAUUAAUAGCAAGGUGAGCUCUCAUGAAGUAUGGGAAGCUGAAAAGUGGUCGACUCGGAAUCGUGUGAACAGAAAAUAUUAUUUCCUAAUUCGGGUUUUACAAAGUGCAUCGGAAUUUCGGAAGCGCUGAUGCGGCGUUGUUAAAAAGAAAUCCGUGAACUGUGUGCUGGUGUGUUCUGGUUUUGUCUCUGUGUAUGUUGGUAUGUGUCGUCCGGAUUGGCAUAACGGAAAAGUUUGGAUUUCCAAAUGCAACAACCACGACUCAGGGGAAGAGGAAAAACAGUGUUGCGUUGUGUUGUGUAGCGGCUAGAAUUUGCUGAAAGGCUGAAAGUGUAUCGUGAAAUCGAGCAUAUCUCCAUAUGUGCAAUCAGGGGAAAAGUUGACGAAAUUCAUCAACCGUAGCCGCCAUAUUGCUAAGCCCCGGAAGUGGUGGGCCUUUCUACGGAACCGGAAGCAUACCUGAGCCUAAGUGACGAGCUACAAUCAUCGAAAAUGCCGUUCGGGUUGAAGCUGAAAAAAUCCCGGCACUACAAUGUCAUGUCCAAGAGUUUGUUCGUGAUAUCCGUCGAUCUUCUAGAUUCUUCGUCCAAAAUCGAUUGCACCCUAAGCUCCGAGAGUACCGGUCAGGAGUGUCUGGAAAAUGUGUGCCAACGGAUGUCGAUCAAUCAGCCGGAGUUUUUCGGACUGCGGUAUGAGGUCAAGGGUAGCAGCGAUGGUGAAAUGCGUUGGGUCGACCUGGAUCGGCCCAUCAGCCGGCAGUUGGAGAAAUAUUCGGUUAACAUGAAGGUUCUGUACCUGCGAGUGAUGUACUACGUGCUGUCCGGGGUGAGUUUGAUAAACGACGAAGGCACCCGGAACUACUACUUUAUGCAACUGAAGCACGACGUGGUGGAAGGUAGGAUCAACUGCGAUCCGAAACAGGCCGUUAUCUUGGCAAAUUACAGUCGCCAAGCGGAGUACGGAAACCACCAGGAUCGGCAUACGGUGGAUUAUUUGAAGACACUUUUGUCGUUUCCGAAAGAGAUGAUUCAAGCCAACCUGUUGGAAACACUGACGGAGGAAGUAAUCCAGCAAGCUUACGAGCUGAAUAAUGUAACGCAGGGGGCAUCGGAAAGUUUAUACAUUUCAGCCUGCCAGCAGUUGGAUGGAUAUGGCCAAGAAACUUUCUCCGCCAAAGAUGAUAACGGAACGGAUGUCACGCUAGGAAUCUCUGUUUCGGGAAUAAUCGUUGCUAGUGAUGUGAAUAAGUUUUAUCCCUGGCGAGAUAUCAAGAAUGUUUUAAAUCAUAAAAAAUAUUUCAAUAUAGAAUGUGCGGAUCCAAAUGAGAAUGUUCGUUUCACUGUGGUGGAUUCAACAACGGGAUCCUACAUAUGGAGGUUAUGUGCCUUACAGCAUCGGUUCUUUGCGAGAUUUGAAAAGAAUCAAACUCAAGCUAGUCAGUUGAAUUUGAAUUUGUUUCAGCAAGAGAAUUUGAAUGAUAGUAGAGAUGAUUUGCUCAGUGAGAGUCAGUACCAGGUUUCUACUUCGUCGAUAGCGCACGGGAUGGGUUCCUCAAACUGGCAGAGUGGCAGUGAUCUAGCAGCAAGUCACUCGAGCGUGUGGAAUAAUGCUGCUCCGUCAAUGGUAGCUUUGGCAGUUGAAUCACAACCAUCGCCGCUAAUGGCCUCAAAUACAAAUAUCGGAAGUAUAGGGAAUCUGAACAAUAACAGUUUGAUGAAUGCCAAUGUUAAUGCCGUGAUGCAGUCGAGGUCUUCGCUGCAAACGUCAACGCUAGAUAUAAAUCUAAACUCAUCCACCUCAGUGCCAUUGGAAUACUCUAAUCAUGGCUCCAACUGGGCUAUCAAUCCUGCGGGAUCAAAUGCUUCACUUAUUAAUCGAGCACAAAGUUCUUCCUGCUUAGAUCUAAGCAAUAAUAAUGUAAGUCAAGAUCGGGAACGGCUGAAAGCACUGUUACCUACAUAUCGACCAGCUCCAGACUACGAAACGGCCAUUCAACAAAAAUUGCGUAGCAGCACAAACGAUGUACGGUUGAGUAAUGGCAAUUUGCUACAUUUAUCGGCCUCUCAAAUGCUGACCUCUGAUACCGGCCAUUUGGAUUACAACGUGACCGGCAGUCAACCAGAUGUGUCAUACUUUAACCAAUCGAUUCAACAUCAGCCUACAAUUCACCAGCACCCCUACCCGGAUGUAACCCAUCACACAACACCGCAUAUGAUUGGUCCCCACUAUUCAGAUGCCUCCGACUAUGGUCUUACCCAUCGAUUCAAAAUGAUGAGACUCGUAAAACCACCACCAUAUCCUGCGAAUCGAUUAAGCUCAACGUCUACACCAGAUCUGGCCUCUCACAGGGCUCUUCCCGGGUAUCGCGGUGCUCACGUGUCUGGUUCUAGUCCUGAUCUUGUAUCAAACCGUCCACUACUCAAUGCUCACCAUGCUCAACUCAUGCACAUGUCUCAAAACAACCAAGUCUUCUAUCCCGGAGCCCACCAGCUGCGACACUCACAAAAUAUCGUUCCACAUGGCACCUACGAGAAUCUGAACUUUGUCGAACCUUCCAAACCCACUGGACUUAUUCCAUCAGCACAAAGUGCCAAUGUCAUCUACUACAUGCCCAGAGAAGUUCUUUUAACGGAUGGAAGUCAAUUUCACAACUCAACGACAGCCCUCAGCAUGGCUCAAAACGCACACCUCAACAGAUCAUCUCAGCACAUCAACGGUUCAAUCGAACCCAUUUACGAAAAUGUUCCACUACCUUGGAAAAACGAGAACGAAUCGUUAGAUGAAAUCCGCAACAGAACUUCUAGUGUCCAAUCUGCUCCCGGAACACGAAACAGCCAAGAACCAGCUCAAAUAUCGGUGGCGCAGCAACCUACCUUCCCCGUGCCCGGCAAACGUCCAUCCCUUUCUACGGUCCAUCAAAAGCAGCAACAUCCACCGGAAACGACCAACCAUGUGAUACCACGAACGCUUCCCUCCAGCCAACAACCGCCACCAAAUCACCAAACCAGUGCUGCACCACCUGAACCUGCUGUUACCAGUUCCUUCAACGAAAAAGCCGAAAAAUCAUUCGGGAUGAACGUCGUCGAUUCUUCCUUGAAUUACUCAAACAACCUUACGAACUUGGACUUGACCAAUCAAUCCACGACGACGAUACAACCGGCAAUGGGAACGGUAUCGAAUUCUACCAUGGUUUCCGGUGCGAUGAGCAAUAACGUUAGCCUACAGCAACAACAACAACAACAACCGCAGCACUACUACCAACAGAACAACAACCACAGCAACAUCAGCAGCGCUCACGGAGGAGGCAGUCACAACGAUUCCGGCAUCAGCUCGGUGACGGCGUCGUCCUCGCACAUGGGCAGCCACAACAUGAGCAUAUCGAACACCAGCUCAACCAGUACCACCUCCUCAUCCGUUAAGGAAACGAAACGGCGCAAGAUAUGGGACAUUCUGGGCGGCCGCUCGAAGAGCUCCAGCGAUAAGCAGAAAAGCGCCACCCUCGGACGGGAGAAAGAUCGGAAAAACAAAAGCGGCACCGCUAGUGGUUCCGGUGCGGGAAGCGGCGGUAGCAACAACAGCUCGAUCAACGAAGGGUCCGGUUCGCAGCUAAGGCACCGCUGGAGCACCGGUAUGCCGCGACAGCAACCGCUGCCUGCCAAUAUCAGCAAAGAGAAAUUGUGUUCGCUGUUGGAGAGCAAGCUGGCCGACCCGCAGCUGUACUGCGAGUUCGAGCGGAUACCGAAGCGGGCGGAGAAUGCCAAAUUCGAUUGUGCCCUAGCGGACGAAAAUCGGAACAAAAACUUCGACGUCGAUUUCCUGCCGUACGAUCACAACCGGGUGCGGCUGACGCCAACGCGGGACAACCGGAUGGGCUACGUUAAUGCCUCGCACAUAACGAGUACGGUGGGCAAUAAGCAACGGUUCUACAUUGUGGCGGAAAGUCCGAACGACCUCACGACAACGAACAUCUUCUGGCAGUGCGUCUGGGAGGCGGACGUUUACCUACUGGUGCAGCUGUCCAGCGAACUCAGCUACAUACCGCAAACCAGCGAACGGUGUUUGGAAUAUGGGCAGUACCAAGUGUGGCGAGAAUUCUCACAGGAAUCGGACCGGUGCACCACAUCCAAGCUUCGAGUGUACCACACCCAAAGCCGUCGAUAUCGUUCCGUGUGGCACGUCGCCUACAGCGAAUGGGGCGAUCAGAAUUGCCCCAGCGAUGUGGGACACUUUCUAGGUUUCCUGGAGGAACUCAACUCGGUGCGGUUAGCUUCGAUAGCCGAGGUUCCACCAUCGCACAACACGAAUCCACCGGUGCUGAUCCACUGCAACGAGGGAGGUGGUCGAACGGGGGUUACGCUGGUUGCCGAUCUGCUCAUGUAUACCCUGGAUCACAAUCAAGAUCUCGACAUACCCCGGUUAAUAGGGCAGAUUCGUCACCAAAGGGGCAACAUUAUUCCAUCGCUGGCCCAGUACAAGUUCAUUCACGCACUGCUGAUUCACUAUCUGAAACAAACGCGCCUUAUCUAGAAAGGAAGACCAAACGCACAGUUUAGUAAUAUCUGUCUUCGUUUCAUACAACUACGAAACAGCCCCAGUUGAAGCUGUUAACCGAAAAUGAUCAACUACCUAUUUAUUGUAACGAGUGCUUAGUUUUACCUGGUUUUAACAUUUGAUCGCCCCCGCCGCCCUUAUUUAAAAGCUGUAAAGCCAAACUUUGUUGAAUUAUUUCAUCGUACUAAUGCUAAUAACGUGCAGUUCAACAGUUUACAAUAUUUGUAGGAAAAGAAGAACUUUAAUUAUUUUUAAUGCACACCAUCAUCAUUGAAAAUCUUUCUCUAUUUGUAUGUAUUCCUUUAAAAAUUGUUAGUAGAUGCGUAACGAGAUUGCCUUCGAAAAAGAAAAAAAAAGUAUUCUAGUAAUUUUGUAUUACCAACCUGACGACAAACUGUGCCUUAUCUAGGGAAAGAUUCGUGUAAAAAAAUCCGGAUUUGAAAGUGUACAGAGAUGUAUUGUAAUUUGUAUUGCCAUUUUUUUUUUCUAUUGUAUCAUUUCGUAGGAUUCUGACUAAGCCAACGUCCGUAAAUCAUUUAAGAAAUAUUUAACAACCCUCCGCGUUGAAAAUUAUAUCGCGAAAGUAUUUUGUAAAAAUGUAUUAAAACAAAGCAAAACUAUUUAAGAAGCGAGCUCAAACGACCGAGAUGCGAAGUUAAAUCGCCGCGAGCCGAGAUCGACAAGUACUGAAAAAUAAGAAACCAUUAUUGCACCGUGCAAGAGAUAUACAAUGGCUCAAUUUUUAACUUUUACUCAAAACAUUGUACAUUGCAUCAUUAUUGGAAAACGAUCCAUUCAAC